AUGGCUGGUUGGAUAGAGCCUUGUCCUCCUACAGGGCCAACUCCUCCUACAGGCCCAACUCCUCCUAGAGAGCCUAGUCCUCCUACAGGGCCAGCUCCUCCUAGAGAGCCUAGUCCUCCUACAGGGCCAACUCCUUCUAGACAGCCUAGUCCUCCUACAGGCCCAACUCCUUCUAGAGAGCCUAGUCCUCCUACAGGGCCAGCUCCUCCUAGAGAGCCUAGUCCUUCUACAGGCCCAACUCCUCCUAGAGAGCCUAGUCCCCCUACAGGGCCAGCUCCUCCUAGAGAGCCUCGUCCUCCUACAGGGCCAACUCCUCCUAAAGAGCCUAGUCCCCCUACAGGGCCAACUUCUCCUAGAGAGCCUAGUCCUCCUACAGGGCCAACUCCUCCUAGAGAGCCUAGUCCCCCUACAGGGCCAAAACCUCCUAGAGAGCCUAGUCCUCCUAGAGAGCCUAGUCCUCAUACAGGCCCAACUCCUCCUAGGGAGCCAAGUCCUUCUAGAGAGCUGAGUCCUUCUACAGAGCUGAGUCCUCCUAGAGGGCUGACUCCUCCUAGAGAGCCAAGUCCUCCUACAGAGCCGAGUCCUCCUAGAGAGCUAAGUCCUUCUACAGAGCCGAGUCCUCCUAGAGAGCCGGGUCAUCCUACAGAGCCGGGUCAUCCUACAGAGCUGAGUCCUCCUAGAGGGCUGACUCCUCCUAGAGAGCCAAGUCCUCCUACAGAGCCGAGUCCUCCUAGAGAGCUAAGUCCUUCUACAGAGCCGAGUCCUCCUAGAGAGCCGGGUCAUCCUACAGAGCCGGGUCAUCCUACAGAGCUGAGUCCUCCUAGAGGGCUGACUCCUCCUAGAGAGCCAAGUCCUCCUACAGAGCCGAGUCCUCCUAGAGAGCUAAGUCCUUCUACAGAGCCGAGUCCUCCUAGAGAGCCGGGUCAUCCUACAGAGCCGGGUCAUCCUACAGAGCUGAGUCCUCCUAGAGGGCUGACUCCUCCUAGAGAGCCAAGUCCUCCUACAGAGCCGAGUCCUCCUAGAGAGCUAAGUCCUUCUACAGAGCCGAGUCCUCCUAGAGAGCCGGGUCAUCCUACAGAGCCGGGUCAUCCUACAGAGCUGAGUCCUCCUAGAGGGCUGACUCCUCCUAGAGAGCCAAGUCCUCCUACAGAGCCGAGUCCUCCUAGAGAGCUAAGUCCUUCUACAGAGCCGAGUCCUCCUAGAGAGCCGGGUCAUCCUACAGAGCCGGGUCAUCCUACAGAGCUGAGUCCUCCUAGAGGGCUGACUCCUCCUAGAGAGCCAAGUCCUCCUACAGAGCCGAGUCCUCCUAGAGAGCUAAGUCCUUCUACAGAGCCGAGUCCUCCUAGAGAGCCGGGUCAUCCUACAGAGCCGGGUCAUCCUACAGAGCUGAGUCCUCCUAGAGGGCUGACUCCUCCUAGAGAGCCAAGUCCUCCUACAGAGCCGAGUCCUCCUAGAGAGCUAAGUCCUUCUCUCCUCCUAGAGAGCCUAGUGACCCUACAUGGCCAACUGCUCCUAGAGAGCCUAGUCCCCCUACAGGGCCAGCUCCUCCUAGAGAGCCUAGUCCUCCUACAGGCCCAACUCCUCCUAGACAGCCUAGUCCCCCUAGAGGGCCACCUCCUCCUAGAGGGUGGCUGUGGCUCAAGAGCCAUCAUCGCCUCACCUCGACCAGCACGGGAGUGA